GACGUCGGCGGCACUGUCGAUACGGUUGAAGGGUACGACCCCGAGAUCCGGCCGACCUAUUUCUCGCGAUUUUUAGAAACGACCGCUUCUGUUGCAUAAAAGAUACGGAGCGCUCGCGUUUUCAGGUCUUUAAACGUACUAUCCGCAUUAUUCGUCCAUAUUUUUCAAUAGUUUCGCUGAAAUCGCGCCGGAUGCCUUGCUUCCAUUUUUUAUCGUUACCUAUCCCCCCGUUCAGACUUAAGGAUCCGUUGCGCGAUCGCAUUCUUCAAUUCAUCCCCUUAAUUGAAGCCAGAUGGAACCUCGGAAAGGUCGGGGCCGAUCAAUCUUGGCGGAUGAUACCGCUGUGCGCAAUACCGCGAGAUGGAUUACAUCCGACUCAAAAUUUGUAGUACUUCUUCGCGGCGGGUCCGUGUACCACGUCAAUGUAUAACAUUAGCAUUUAUAUGGGCGCACCAGCGGGAUUCCGCGCUCGCGCGAGUGCUUCGGAAGCGAAAUCCGAACGAAGCGGAAGAUCUGACGGAAGAGAGAGGUGUCGCGAGCAGAAACGCACGGGCAAAAGGACUCGAGGGAGGCGACGACGACGACAACAACGAUGAGGGUGAAUUCCACGCUGGCACGAGUCAACAUAUUUUUCAGCGUCAUCUGGGAAUCAACGUCGUUGUCGUCGCUCUCAUCGUGGCAGGCGCGUAUCGAGCGCAAGACGCAAGAGCAAGAGAAACGCGGCGGAGAAGGGAAGGAAAGGGAAGAAGGGAACACCGACAUUUUUCAAAGCACGUAUUCCGCGCGUCAGGGGGAUGCAUAAAAAUUUGAUUCCGUCCAGGCGUAUCAUCGAGCUAUCGCCGAAGACGAUGGCGACAAAUUCCUCCGCGCGCGGAAAAUUCUCCGUAUGGGACCCCGCAAAAGCGAGCGAAAGAUACAGCGUAGGAGCUCGUAAUUUUGUCAAAGAUACAUCGUUCGCAUCCAGAGCGGCGAUAUACGGCAUUUAUAUUAGCAUUUAUAUAAGGGUGGAGUAACUGCGUUUCUCCACGAGCCUCUACGUGCUCGGAGCAAAAAAGAACGAGGGUGAAAUCCACGACGCGAGAUAAAAGUGCGCCAGCUCUCUGCGGCUUGCAGGAUUCGCGCCGAAGCGUGGAUCGCAGGAAAAUUAAACAAUGCCGAGUCGGAGUUACAUAUCCUUAACGCCCGACAGGGGAUGCAUAAAGUUAAAGAUGCAUUUUGCAUAAGAUGCGCCGGGUUACAAAUGUGAAAUUAGGAAUAUUUAUUCAAGCAACGGCGGGGCAAUAAUUUCGCGGCUUCUACCAGCUCGCUCGGUGAGUGGAAACAAAGCUUACCCGUGAAUAUAACGGCGAGCACGAACGUGGUGGGGCAACGACGUGACGCGGGGGUGGAGGAGAACAAGCAAGCGCGAGACGCAAAGAUGCAAAGGGUCGGAAACGCGGCUUGCAAAUAGCGGAGGAUACAAUUAAGUGGCCGCCAGGCCGUGACCAAAGUGCCCUCGUGCGCGUGGAAAGAGAUUAUCGGCUAAUUAUCAGUUUCCAAAAGGCGUUCGUGAAAUUACAGCCGCGUCGGAUUACUCCCCCCGGAGGUGGAGGCGACUGGCUCGGUCGGGUGAACAAGCGAACGAGCGAGACGCGCGAGCUUACGUGCGCGUGUUUUCGGCGCAGAGAUGUGAGGAAUGAUCACGUGGAUGAUGGUCGGGCUGCUUCUGGCUGCGGAAACUUGCGGCAGAAACGUUCUCUCCGGAAACGGAAACGGAAACGGAAAGGAGGAGACGAAGCGGCAGGAGGAUCUGAAGGGCGUCAGCGCGGACGAGGAGGACAUCUAUCGUCUAACGUGCUACACUUGCGUCAACGUCAGCGAUAACCAGAUGUGCAACGAAUGGGCGAUAGAUACACCGUGUCCGGCGGGUGGCCGUGAUUUCUGUCGAUCGCUGCACAUUCUGGACAGCCGGGGGAACAGCGUUUUGGUAAGCAAGAGUUGCGCCAGCAGCGAGGAAUGCGGGCCAGCGUCGGUCGGUUGCAUUCCCGUGGACACGCAGCAGAUCUGUAUAAGCUGCUGCGAUCUGAGCUACUGCAACAUCGAGUCGCCCACUAACGCCACGAACGCGAUCUAUUCGCGCAAGCGGCGUGCCAAAUCGAAACCGAAGCGCAAACGACCCGGCAGGAACGGGGUCGAUGCGGCGACGCGGCUCUAUGGGUCCGGUUUGCUCUGGCUUCCCGCCUCGCUCUUCUAUGCAUAUCAUUGCUGAGGAAGCAGCAACACCACUAACACUGCGCAUGCGGAGCGGACAGCGCGGAAAUCGCGCGCGGAUUACGCACCGCGACGGACUCGCUGCGCUUGAACGCCGAACCGAGUGCGGUUCACUCGCCGUCUCUCGAUCGUACAUUCUUUUCUGUGAUUCCCACCGUAGCUUCGCACUCGCCUAAAUCAAAAGAACUGACACCGCCGUCUAAUUCCGACCAAAACUUUCCGGCGUACUUCCACCGUGGGAGGAUUAUCCCAUCGCGUCGACUUUUCGCGCUCGCCGAGCUGAUUAUCGUCCAAUUAUUAUACUUUGACCAGAGAAACGCCACUUCUCUAUUUUUUGUACUCUCGUUUGACAAUUUCGCUACUUUUAACUUUUUAAUCGGAUACGCAAAUUAAACUUCGAUUGUACGUCACGCACAUCGGUAGAGCGCACCGUGAGAGCGCUUGUGUUUCAAGCACGCCGGGAAAACGGAAUGCUCGUUUCAAGGAAUAAAGCGUCCGUAAGGAAUUGUCUGAGAGCGAUUCCGGGGGGCGAUUUGGGGAUCAACGGAAUCCGGAGAAAGAGCGGGGGUGAAAAAACUUGGCGCCGUUCCGCGCUGUCCGAGACGUUAUUAAUCGGGGACUCUCCGAACUAAUCGGGUCCCUCGUGAUGGCAAAAGGAAUUGUUUUCUCGUCGUAGUAUCGGUAGUCGCUAUGCCUCGAAGUAGAAGAGACCUAAGGCACAAGUACGGUGAAGGAGGACUUGAGGAAAAUCGACCGAUCCGAAUUCGUUUCCGGCGAGGGUGCUCCCGACGACAAUCCAGGCACUAUACGAUACGGCAAAAUCGACUACUGAAUCAUACUAGGUUGUAGUUUAUCUCGACGAUCUCUCUGUCUCUCGUGUACUCGACACACUUAUGCCAAAUCAAAAGCUAAAUAAGCCUAUUGUGACUAAAUGAGUAAUUAAGUUAGAGGGUAGAAUAAUGAAACGUAGAGGAUACGUGUGUAUCGAGAUAUAUCGAGGUAUGCCCACGUAACAACAACACAUCUAAUUAACUCGAUUCCAGAAUGGAAUCGGAACACGCACGAUAAUAUGCGAAUUAUUAAUUCGCCAGAAAAUCAAACGGAAAAUUAUUUUAUAUCAUGCGUGGUUCAUGAUAAAUAUAUUGGAUAUGCGGGAUGUUUGCGUCGAGAUACGUAAUUGGUCGAAGCAACCGCCAAAACUCGCUGCGUUGAAACUCGAUGUAAAGUGUUCAGUGCUGCGACCAAUGUAUCUCACCGCAGCUGUAAGUGACGCGCCUGAAACGAAUUCGAAUUGCCGAUAGAAAUUAUUCACACAUCUACAGACUCGCCUACUACAGACUCUUUACUGCUACUAUAAUUAUUAACGAUUACAUAAAUAUAUUAUGAUAUAGAUACUAUACAUUGUUUCGGCAUGAUGUAAGAACACUGUUGGUAAUGAAAUAAAGAAAAUUAUACUUGUCA